AUGUUGGGCUCUAUUCGGGCUCAUUGGGCCAGCCGUAAUGCGGGCUGCUGGCAGGGGAAGCUGUUUCUGGUGGAGCAGUUAACAUGGCUCAUUGCAACUGGAGCUCCCUCCCUUAUAUCCUCCGUUAAGAUACUCCAAUCAACCUCGACUACCCUGAAAUCUGUCUCGUCGAGUCCGGCGAAGAUCUGCUCCUCGCGUCAGCCGGCUGUAUUGCUUCAACCUGGGAAAGACGAUUCACAGUAUCGUGGUUCGAAAAUUCGACUUCCGGACCAACAAGUUGUACGAGGUGAACCACCUCGACGGCAGAGCAUUGUUCAUGUGCAAAGCAUAACAAUACCGUUUUGUGGAUUGCAGUUCUUGAUGUUGUCUUCCCUUCACCUUGGUCGGUCCUUAGUUUGUAAACCGCUCAAUCCUGAAUAUGUAUGA